AUGGAAUUCAGAUUCAAGAGGAAGCAUCUUAUACUAACAGUGUUCUAUAAAAUGUUCAAAGGAAUGGAUUAAUAGGAACUUUAAAAAGGUAAGUAGAACUAUUAGAUGUAGAUUAAGUUUUAUAAUAGGAAAGAAUGAGAAGAAGCAUAGAUAAAUGUUGUUAAACUAUGACUUAAUCAAUCUUGAAUUAUUUUUAAGAGAUUAAAUAGAUUAUUUGAGACUUUUUAAAUUAAUCAAGACAGAGUAUUCUAUGGGAGGAAAUAUUGUAUAUAAUUAAAGAGAUUAAAGAAAAUUAGAUGAAAUUGACAAGGAAAGGAUGAAAGACUAUAUACUCUUUAUGCUGCCUCUGUUAUCUCCUAUAGAUAGAUUGAAAUUAAAACUCAUUUAUAGAGGAAAAGUUGGAAGGAGUUUUAGAAAAUUACGUGGUGUGCAAUGA